CAGAAGGGUAUGAUCAAGUUUCGAGCGAAAAAUGUUACGAGCUCAAUAAUAAGCUAGAGCGUUUCGUUAUGUUUAUCCUUCUCAGGUUAAUCAAUUUUUAAUCAUUUUCGUGUUUUGAUAUUCACUUUUCUAAAUCAGAAUAAUGUUUCAAGAUAGUAUUGUUCAUAUAUAAUGUACGCAUCGGGCACAAAAUAACAAGUAACAGAAAAAAAAUGUUGAAAUGAUGGUGAUGCUGUGACUUUUUUAAUAAAAGCAAAGAGAUUAUUAAAGCAACCAAUUCUUAAUAACGGGAUCGAAUUAUCAAGCCAUUACAUGAAAAUACUUAUGCAUAAGAUUUAUCUGUUUUGAAUCGAAACAAAUAUCUGAAACUCAAAUCCAUGCUUGUAAAUGUUUUUUGAAUCUUAUCUCAAUUGAGUUUUUGAUGACUCAAACAUUUGUUCGAUUUUUUUGUUAAUCCAAUUAUAAAACAGAAAUUUGUGAUGGAAUACAUUUCUUGAUUCAUCUUAUUUUUGUGAACCACUCAAGUAGACAAAUUUUUGGGAAAACCCGUUUAAUCAGUCGAUCGGGAACCGCGAUUCAGAGUUAUUAACGUUCAUUAGCGAAACAUCAGAAACGCGUUUUUUACGCAGAAUUCUCACUUUCAGAGGGUGAAAAUACGAUAUCUAAAUGGACCGUAUACGGUCAUGAUACUGGAUGCAGGAAUACGGCCGUAUCGUAAUGAGAAUCCGGCGUAUAUACAACAGUAUACGGCGAAAAUACGGUAUCGUUUACAGUGCCGUAUUACUGCAUCCAGUACUACGGGAAAAUACGGAUAGUUCAUUGCCGUAAAGAUGUCGUUUUCGUACCGUUUAUUUUCAGAAAACUGACCGUAAACGAUAUUCGUUUUGAUCAACCUGGGAAUAAAAACUUCAAUUCUGAGCGUCUGAACGCAUUGAUUUGUAAGUUAUCGAAUAAUUGUGCGUUUAAACGCUCAUAAUUGAAGUUUUUAUUCGUUUUCACCCUCUGAAAGUGAGAAGUCUGCGCAAAAAACGUGUUUCUUGUGUUUCGUCAAUGACCGUUAAUGACUCACAAUCGGGGUUCUCGAUUUAGUGUUUAAAUUUAAACGCGUUUUUUGCAAAAGUUUGUUUGCUUGGGCAUCAGGGUUGCCAGCCGUACCCCAUCUGCAUUUUUCAGUGUUACGACUACUAUCAUCCAUAUUUUGGUUGAAACUAAGACAAUUUCUGUCUCUUUAUCCGACAUUUACUAUUGAUAAAGAUGUGAAGCGUCAAUUAUAUUGGUUGGCUGCUAAUGGUCAUGUUUAUGAAGAAUUCAACAAUGACAUAUGCAACGAGUCCCAUGAUGAAGAUAAUCUCAUUCACAAACCGACGACCGAAAAUCAUGAAAGAGAAGUGGAAUUUCGGUCUAAUCAAGUUUGGGCUUUUCUUCUUGUAAAGUCGAGACCAAUGUGUAUUGAAAUGUACAAAAUUAUUUCUUAUGUCUACUCAAUUCCUUGCUCGAAUGCAUCUGUUGAAGGCGUUCGUAGUCAAAGAAAAAGCGCAUGGACAGGCAGUCGCAAUCCGACGGUGAAUGAAACGAUAGCUGCUGAAUUGAAAAUCAGAUUGAAUAGUACUAUGACAUGUGAAGAUAUUUUUCUUUUGGUCAAGCAGAACCGCAACUGA